AUGGCGACCGCAAUGUUUCAGGGUGGCGCUGGGCUGGGCCUGAGGGUUGUGUCCACUGCACAGCGGGUGACCUGCGUCGCCCGCCCAAAGUCCGCCCGCAUUGUCCCCAGGCCUGCCAAGAAGGAGGUGCAGCUAAACAGCCUCGCCCCAGUGGCGGCUCUGGCGGCAAUCAACCCGCUGGCAGACUUCCUGCAGGACGGUUGCGGCUACCUGGGCUGGCGCAUCCGCCUGAGCGACAGCGCCGAGGAGGUGGCGGUGGCGCAGGACCUGCACCCCAAGCUGGCCAUUGGCAUGACGCUGUUCUUCGCCCUGGGGGGCCUGGGGGGCUCCAUGUCGGUGCUGAUGCAGGGCAAGUCCCUGUGGUCCUCCUCCCACUUCACCACCGCCGUCAUCGGCCUCAUCCUGCUGGCCCUGCAGGGCAUGACCUCCGCCUUCUUCGAGGACGACCCCAGCGCCCGCGGCAUCCACGCCUACCUGGGCAGCGCCAUCCUGGCUCUCUUCCUGUACCACGGCACCCUGGGCCUGCAGCUGGGCCUCAGCCUCUGA